GAACCUCUCACGGUAAGUUACUUGUCUCCAUUCUCUCAACAGUUACAUACAAACUCCUUUCUGGAAGUGAUCAUGCGACCAAGUGUGGUAAAGGCUUGGCGCUUGGGAACAGCAGCUAAAUGGAACCGACAGAUGACAAAAGUGGCAGCCAACAGUCCUGCAUUUCAGCAAUUGCAUAAUAUGCACUCUACUCCCAUUCUCUCUACCACCAGUACUUCUCUUCGUUCUUCUCAUGACAGUCAAAUCAGGUGGAGGUUCCCUGUUGACGACAGGACAGAAGGCAUGAUAGCACAGGUACACCACCAGGUUUUCAGCCAGACCUGCAUCCUCACCCUCAACACCGUCACGCCCAUCACCCACGAACUGAUGGAGGACGCUCUGACCAUCCUCUACAAAAAAGUUGAAUCCUUGAGAAUAUGCUUUCGCCACCAUGAUAAUCAGAUGUGGGUGGCCGACAUGCCUCAACCUGUUCUAGAUUUCAAGUCUGUAAGUGGGACAGACGUGACGGCAGAGGAAAUCAAUUUGACAAAUUCUCCAUUUGACCUCCACAAUGGCCCUCUCUGGAAGGCGCGGCUAAUGACCUUACCAGAGAAUGCACCGUGCCGGUUUCCAGAAAUCAAGGCAGAUUUCCCUCACCAGUAUGACCUUCUGCUCUCCCUGCACCACGCUGCCAAUGACGGCGUAGUAGUGAUGCUAGUAGUAGAACUGUUGCAAAACAUUAUAGACCACCUCCUGCAGGGUCUUCCUGUUGAUCUCCAACCAGUGGGACAGUUGCGUGACGGUGUUGAAGCUAGAGAGUUAGAAGACCGUUUCAUAGCUGCUCUUCAAAAUGAUCCAGCAAGACUUGCAGCGAUGCUGCGAGAACAUGAGGAAAGCAAACACGUUCCUCUGCUGAUCGAGGCUUACGGGAGUCCCAGCGAGCCAGUGGAGCCCUCUACUUAUUUGUUUCCAACAGUUCUUCUUGAUAAGGAUGCAGUGAACAGGAUCAAUCACAAGUGUCGCUUGCUGGGUGUCACCUUGAACUCUUUUUUUACCGCUGUUAAUAACACUGCCAUGGUGGAGCUGGCGCGUGAUAGCGGCCUCAAAAGGAACAACUAUUCCAUCACUAGCUGUCACCCUGUUGACACUCGUCGGCUAAUGGAGAAAAGCUCCGAACCUUACUUAGGCUAUCAUGGAGUUAGAUUGAAUAAGCACAUGAUCACACCUCACAAUGUGAAGGAUCACUUUUGGGAAUAUACAAAACACUUUGACACUGAAUUCCGUCAGAAAAUCAAAGGAAACUGGAUGAUUGAGGAGAGGGCGAUGGCUCGUUUGUUGAGGCCUGAAGGCUACUCUCACAAAGAAUAUUUCUCUCUUCCCUUGCCACUUAUCUAUGAUUACUUGUUCACCAACGUUUACAACCCAAGAAAUAUUGUACAAGGCACUGAAAAAUUUGCUCAGAUCACUGCAAUUAGUAUGCAUGUUGUUUUUCAUAAAAAUCAUUUACCAAUUGGUUGUGGUUUGCUUGGCUUCCGUGAUCAACUAAGCUUGCAAGUGGCUCACAGCACGACGGCUGUAAGCAGGAAGGUCAUUGGCAGGCUUCUGGACAAAACAUUGGCUGUUAUCAAUGAUGUUUCCAAUGCGCUGAUUUAAUUAUACCAAACAUGCAAAAAGAAUAGUCGAAUUUGGCAGAACAUAAUGAAUACAUGAUGACAAAGAAAUAUCAUCAUUGGACGUUUCUCUCUGUAUUGACAUCAGUGGAUAACUUCUAAAAACUGGAAGAAUGUCGAAAAUGGAAUUUCUUAAAAAUUAAUCAACCAAUUUCAAUAUAACUUGAGGAAGUUUAAUAUUCUUAUAAUUUUAAUUAAAUUCCUUAUCCUACAUCAGUUUAAAAAGUAGUUCCUUCAUGUGUAAAUCAAAAACUUCAACUGUAUAACUAGUCAACUAAUCAAGUGCAAGCUUUGUUAAUAAUGUAACCGCCAUAGGAUAGGUAGGACGAUUGUACAUAAGUAUAUUAUUCAUUAUAGAAAUUUGAUGCAAUCUUUCGUAAUGUGGUGCAACAUGUGUAAAUGCUGACCUCGCCUUUUCCUUAAACAGGGGUUGCAGGUGCUUCUCUAUUUCAUAAAACUAACUAGUACUUCGUUGCAUUCAUGAUUGACUCAGAUAAAUAAAUUAAUAUAAUCUCCAUAAGUAGGAUGCAUUUUAUAUAGGUAUCACUACCAGCGAGAAAUAAAUGUAAUGCACGACACAAUGCACCCAGUGGAGAUUUCCCCCGUCACAUGACCGACGCCCUUGUGUCAGCAUCUUGGAGGCUGGGCGCGGUGGGCGCCGGCGACUGGGAAGUGCGGGGUGCGUCAAGUGUGUGCGCGUCUAACCUGUGUGCUGCGGGAACUUAGUGACUCUGUGAACUCAGCGACAUUACAAACAUUUUCCCGAGUUUAAAACACGUUUCCGUAUGUACUUGUACGUGGCGUGUGGACAGGACUUGUAAAUCUGUACAUAAUAUACUAACUUUCAUA